UGAUAACACUUAUCUCAGUCAGCAUCCGCAAACUUAACGACUAACCACCUAUCGACGAAUAUAUAAUACAUAGGUAUAUUUAACAAGAAGUACAUUGUUUAUAACAUUUGAAUAACACUUUUAGCUUUAUACUCAACGAUUAGAUCAGGGCUUGAGUAUUCAUGUAGGUACCUUAAUUCUCGCCAAAUGUGCUAUUGAAAUAACUGUUAAGUUACAUUUGCCCUAAUAGUUUCCUAAUAAUUUUACAAGAAUAUGGCAACAUUAAGAGCACAGAAUAUGAAACUCAAAGGAACCCAAAAAAAAAAUUUAAAACCAAGAUGUUUCAUUACAGAUCCUUAUGAAAAAUUUUGGCCUCUUUUAGACCCUGAUAAAACUAAAGUAUUAGUAAAUGAGAUGGAAAAAACUAUAUCUAAAGAAAACGGUAAAUUAAAAAUAAAUUGGUAUGAUUUAAAGAAAUUACCAUUGGAUGUACGGAAAUGUCAAAUUAAAGAUCUUUCUAAUAAACAUAAGCUUAUAAGCCCUAAUUUAAAAGUACAAAGAUCAAUUUUAAAAAUGGGUAUAAAUGAAGUUAGUCGAUGUAUUGAAAAAAACCAAUUGGCUUGUUGUUUGAUAGCUGAAGAUGUAGCAAACUCUGUAAUUGCUAAACAUUUACUUUUAAUGACUGCUGCAAAGAAAAUACCUGUUUUAAUUAUUUCUGAUUUGCAUUCAAUUACAAAACGUAUUAUAGGUUUUUCUUCAGUAACAAUAGGACUAAAGACUGAUAUAUUAAAUAAAAAAGAAAGCUCCUUGCAUAAUCUUUAUCAUACAAUCGUACAGUUUUCGAGUAAAUUUAAAAAUCCAUACUUUAAACAAAUUACCAAAAGAGAAUCAAUAUCAGAAGAAAAUCCCAUAAAAUUAAAUGUUAACAUUGAAAAUUAUUUAUUAAAGAAACCAAGAGAAGGUAGAGCUUUUGUACCAGAAGGUACAUCAAAUGUUCGGACAUUAGAUGAUUUAUCAUUUAUACCUAUUGAUAAAAUAAUUGUUAAAGAACGAAAACCAUAUGAAAAAGAUGAAGAACUUAUUGAAGUAACAAAAACUACUAAUUUAUUUAGUAUAGACACCAAACCUUUACCUAUUGAAGAUAUUGGAGAAUCUGUAGAACGUAAAACUAAAACUUAUAGAGAACCUUUAAGGUAUUAUGGAUUAAAAAUGAAAAAAAUGAAGCCCAACCCCAACAGAAGACAACAAAAAGAAGAAAAUACAAAUAAAAUAAAUAAAUAAGAAGUUUAUUAAAUUAUAGUCAGUGGAAAUAAAUAAUUUUAUAAAUAAAAAAAAAAUGUAAGUACAUUGGAUAAUUAUUUAUUAGGUAAGAUUAAAUUCACAAAAUGAAAUCA